UCGUUACUUUGAAUAAAAAGAGUGCAACAAUGAGAAAAAUGCAGUCCAAGUCCAAGAAGAGUGGAGACAGCUUCUAUAACCAUUCUCUUCCUCUUUCAAACUGCUCUCAGCCUAUCAAGUUCGAUUGAGAGCCAAACGAAAAUGAGAUUCUCAAUCUUGAAAAAAGCUCUAGGGAGCCGAAACAGAAAUAAUAUACCAUCACUAUUUAACUCCACUCGUCCACUCUCACUACUCUUCUCGCAAUCCCAACGGCCUUCAUUUGGUAUUGCAUUCGAUAUCGAUGGUGUCGUUCUGUUGGGCAGUUCACCUAUCGGUGGCUCUCCCUCAGCUCUCAAAAGACUCUACCAAGAAUCUGGCGAUUUGAAGAUCCCAUAUAUUUUCUUGACUAAUGGAGGUGGUUUUCGUGAAUCUAAAAGAGCGUCUGAGUUGAGUAAACUUCUGGGUGUGAAUGUUCUGCCUUCACAGGUUGUACAAGGCCAUUCACCUUUUAAACAGUUGGUCAAUAGAUAUGAGAAUGGCUUGAUUGUUGCUAUUGGUAAAGGUGAACCUUCUGCUGUGAUGACUGAAUAUGGAUUUAAAAACGUUCUUUCAAUAGAUGAGUAUGCAUCCUACUUUGACAACAUUGAUCCACUGGUACAAUAUAAGAAAUGGACAAUUGAUCAUGCUAAUGAAAAUACAACAAUUAAAGAGAAUACAAAAAUCUACUCUCAGAGAGUUCAGGCAGCAUUUAUUGUUAGCGAUUCUGUUGACUGGAGCAGGGACAUUCAGGUUCUUUGCGACAUUUUAAGAAGUGGAGGCCUUCCUGGAAGGGAAACUGGAUACCAACCUGAUUUAUACUUUGCAAAUGAUGAUCUUGAAUACCAGGCUAAUUUUCCUACUGAACGUCUGGGUAUGGGUGCUUUCAGAAUUGCUUUAGAAUCCAUCUUCAACAGAAUCCACCCUAAUGCUCUGGAAUAUACUUCUUUUGGCAAGCCAAAUGCUUUAGUAUUCCAGAAUGCUGAAACUGUGCUGAAGCAGCUAGUGUCAUCCCUUCAUCCUAAUGCUCAUGAUGUGAACCAAGCAAAUCCUGGAAGUCAUCAUUUCAAAACACUAUAUAUGGUAGGAGAUAAUCCUUCAGUGGACAUCAAAGGUGCACACCAGGCUGGACGACCCUGGUUUUCAAUUUUGACGAGGACAGGUGUUUUCAAGGGAAAGAAAAACCAUGCCAUGUUUCCGGCAGAUCUGGUUGUUGAUACUGUGGAAGAGGCUGUGGACUACAUAUUGAGAAGGGAGUUCACCAAGUAAAGUUUAUGUGCCCAUAUUCGACCAAUAUUUUUUUGCCUCGUUGUUUCAGACUUUAUACUAUUAUUUAUGAUUAAAGCCAAAGGGCGUUGAAUCAUGUACAAGUCAAUUCGGUUUUAUAACAUCAUUUCCUUGAAGAAUUAUGAAGUUUAACCUAUAGUUUAUUUUACAUUCAAAGACAGUAACGAUAUAGCUACAUUGUUGAAUAAGAGAUCCUUGUUAUUAACUUGGGUUUCA